CUAUACAACAAUCCCCUGCCUCUUCCGGCCUAACUACAUACAUGGGUUUCUCCUCCCAACCCGAGUUCAACCACCGGAAUCCUAUCGCCGCCACCGCCACCACUGCUCUCGGGUUCACUCUUCUCCCAUCCGAACUAAUUCAACAAAUCAUCCUUAACUUAUCCUUACCGGAUAUAACUCGUCUUAAGCCCAUAAACAAGCUUAUCAAUUCUAUCACACACGAAACCAAUUUUCUAAAAGAAUACAACGCGCGAUCUAGCGCAUCCACUUGGUUGUUCCUAUAUAGGAAGCCGUGGCAUCGGAACUCAAUCCUCCACGGCUUCUCAGACGAUUCCAACCGGUGGUUCAAGUUUCGUAUUGACCAUCUUCUACACUCCAAAUUCGACGACGCCUAUUUCUUAGUAGCGGGUGGUAAUAUAUUUCUCUUCGCUUUAAACUCUAGCCGCGAUGUUAUCUCGGUCAACCCUAUUUCCGGGACCACCAAACGUCUCCCUCCGAGCCCUUUGGGCCCGCGUGACACUUCACGAUGGAGAAGGUCCGGGAUGAAGUUGUUGCCCGGACCACCAGGCUCAGGCCAUUUCAAGUUCUUAUUCACCGACUUGAUCCACGAUCACCCCUUUUUGUUCAUUUAUGACUCGAUAAGUGACGAGUGGAAAUCGAAGGAAGCGCGAGAGGGUGUUAGGGAGGGUAAGGGAGGCGUGGUUCUUAGCGUGGUCCAUAGGGGGAACGAGAAUAUAAAGAUUGCUUAUAACAACGGGGAGGCAGUCAUCCUACGGCCGAGAUUGGACGUGGGAGUGGACGGGCUUAGAGUGUAUGGGGAUGGAAAGAUGAUGAUCGUUGGAUCUGAGGGGGGAUCGGUGAAAAUGAUAAAGUGUGUUGAACUAUAUGGAUUGAGCUUAAUAAAUGAUGAAAGGAAAUGGGAAAAGAUAUCAUCAAAGAUGCCAAAUGAGUUAAUAGAGAAGAUAAAGAGGCCUUAUAAUGUGAUAAUGGGUUGUUUGGAAGAAACUAAAAAUGGAAAGAUGGUAAGGGCAGUUUUAGUGUCAAAUUAUGAAGGACAAAUGGAUAUAACAUGGCUAUGUUAUGAUAUGGAUAAGAUGACGUGGACUUGGGUCCCACUUCCUGAUUGUCAAAUGAAAGGAUCAAACAUGGCCGGCAUUGCCUUCUCAUCCUCUGGCCUCACCUUGCCUUCUAAUUAAUCCCUUCAUCAUUAUUGUGUUCUUAAUUAUCAAA